AUGUCGUCCAGAACACAAGUGCGGUCCUCCACUUCUGCACCAAAUGACGGGUCACGGACUAUCACCGUCACCAAUGCGCCGCCCAGCGAAGCCUCGUCGAGCGCACCCAACGUUGGUUCCCUCCGUCUCAGGGGUGCACGUCGCAAACCCAGGGUUGCAUGGAGCGAGGAUGUAGUCGAUAACGAAGGCUGUGGGAAGAAGAAGAGCAAGAUCUGCUGCAUAUACCACAAACCGAGACGGUUCGACGAGUCGUCGGAUGAAGAUUCGUCGUCGGAUGACAGCGAUUCUGACGAAGGCUGUUCAUGUGGAGACCUUAACCAUUCACACAGAGGAAAGAGCAGGAAAACUGACAUGGACCACCCAGAGUCGAAUGCCUACGAAUCUGUGCCAAGCAAUCCAUCGAAAGACAAAGGAAGGGUAGACAACUGAGCAGAGGCUUAUGGAGUUUGUUAGAGAUAACAGUUGCACUUUAUAUAUACCAUUGUACAUUAAUCCCAUUUCAAGUUGGCGAAGGUGCUUGUCCCACGACGAUGUAACGAGUAUCUCAUAGCAUGGUGCAUAAUACAUAACGAGACCUAU